AGAAUCUUCGUUUUUGUGGUGGAACCGUUAGCAUUUCCUUGUGGUGUCUUUCUUUGUGCAAGUUUGAGGUCUCUAUGUGUGAACAUGGAUGGUACAAUUGUUAAAACACCUUCCGUUUCUUUCUCUUCUAAUAUUGAAUAUUUAGAGUUGAUCAAUGUUGAUAUAGAAAAUGGAUCUCAUGUUCCUGCAAAUUCCUGCAAAUUUCAUUGGCAUGUCAUUGGCAUGUCAAAUGUCGACCAUGGCAUGCAAAUUUCAAAUGGAUCUCAUGUUCCUGCAAAUUCCUCAAGGAAUUAAUUCUAUCUGAUGUUGGUCGAGUAGAAAAUAUCAUAAUUGAAAGCUCGUCUUUGGAAAAAUUUGAAGUUUACGACCAUUUUUAUGACGGUAUUUGUACACUUAGCCAUCUUACCAUCUCAGGCAAGAAACUUGAAACCAUAGCUAUAUGGUGGAGCUUUGAUUCGCAUAGUGGCACGUCGUUAAAUAUGUUUGCUCCAAAACUCAAAUAUUUAGAAUGGAGAGGGCAUCUGACGAAUCAGGCAAACUUGGGACAGCUAGAAUGUUUAGAAAAAGCUCUUAUUUGCCUGGAGCCUAAGGCAGAUGACUCUGACAAACAGAUUAAGCAUUUUUGCGUUUUACACAGGGUUGAACAUCUUGUUUUAAAUGCAGCGACCUUCAAGGCUUUGUUCAGGGAAGGAUCCACGCAUGCUCAGUUUGAUCAUGUUUCUAAUUUGCGAUUGAAUCUAAGGAGGUUUUCUGAUGAUAUCUUUCCUGCAGUGGUCUCACUAUUGAAAGGAUUGCAUAAUUUGUGUACUUUGUACAUAAGUUGUUGUGCUGUCCCAAGUUUUCUGCACCCUCAACGUGAUGUAUCUGGGUUUGGUAAGGCAUACUGGAAGCUACAGAAUCUGGAUUUUGUUGAUCAGAUUAAGAAGGUUACCCUAGUGCUGGAUGGGUCUAAUAAUGGGAUUGACUUUGCACGGUAUAUACUCGAGCAUGCCAAGAACCUGGAGCUAAUGGACAUACAAUAUUUAUUGAAUCCGUCUGACGAUGCUAUACAGAAGCUAAAUGAAAGUAAGAAGAUGUCCAAGGCCACAGUUAUCUUUGAGGAAGACUUCGUGGAAGACUCCGAUAAAAACUUGGAAAACUUCGAUGAAGACUUCGAGGAAGACUAAAACUAAAUCAACAAGGAAAGAAGUUUUGAUGUUUUUCAGAAGUUGUUUCAUGCUAUAGUAUUGAAACCUUACGUUGAUAUGCGUUGUUAAUUCUUAUUGACUGAUCAGAGUGGAUUUCUACCGUUUUGGAUUGUCAUAAAUCUUACUUUUGUUACCGCAGCA